AUGACUGCCGCCGUCCCGCCUCCAGCUGCUCGCAAGCAGCCACCGAGUAUCGACGAUAUACUAAAGGCCAAGCGCGAGAAAGAAGCGGCUGCCGCAAAGCCCAAAUUCAUACCCAAGGCGGAGAGGGAGCGCAUUGCGCUUGAGAAGCGAAAGAAAGAAGUGGAAGAAGCGCAAAAGAGGCGAGAGUCUUCUAACGGAGACAGCAACGCAUGGAAAAACUCGCAGGAUGAUAAUCGCACAAACGGUCAUAACGGGUCGUCGUCAGUACCUACAGGGCCUCGUUCGAUGCGCGAUGCGCCAACUGGACCGUCGUCUAUGCGGCAUGAUCGCCGCAAUGGAGACAUGGCACCUCCACCACCACCGGACAAGAAGGGAAACAAGCGCCCAGCUGAAGACGCAGAGGCAUUGAUAAGACAACGAUACAUGGGCGCAGAGCAAAAUCAGUCCACGUUUUCGGCCAAGAAGAAGCGCAAGAGGACAACAGAGAAAAAGUUCAACUUUGAAUGGAAUGAAGAGGAGGAUACAAGUCAUGACUACAACCCCAUCUAUCAGCAGAAAGCUGAAGCAAGCUUCUUUGGGCGCGGCAGACUGGGUGGCUUUUCCGAGGAAGUUACAGAUGCAGCCACAAAGAAGAUGGUCGAGGCGAUUAUCGAGCGAGAUCCGGAGCACGGCAGAGAGCGGGCUGAGGCACUACUUGAGAUGGAGCGGCGGCGGAAAGAUAGGGGCGGCCGCGCACAACUGGACAAGCACUGGAGCGAAAAGAGGCUAGAAAACAUGCGAGAGCGCGACUGGCGCAUCUUCAAGGAGGACUUCAGCAUCGCUACCAAGGGAGGUGGAAUACCGAACCCCAUGCGCAACUGGGAUGAGUCGGGGCUUCCGGAGAAGCUCAUGCGCAUCGUCGAUCAAGUUGGCUACACUGAGCCCUCACCUAUUCAACGUGCGGCUAUACCCAUUGCUCUACAGUGUCGCGACUUGAUCGGAGUCGCUGCAACAGGUUCGGGUAAAACCGCCUCCUUCGUCUUGCCACUACUUGCCUACAUCUCACAACUACCUCCCUCGACGCUUUCAAUCGUCAUGACGGCCCAGACUCGCAAGUUUGCAUCACCGCUAGGGUUCAAGACUGCUGUUCUUGUCGGUGGUCAUUCUAUCGAGGAACAGUCGUUUCAGAUGCGUGACGGAGCCGAGAUCAUCAUUGCCACACCUGGUCGUCUAGUAGACUGUAUUGAGCGUAGGGUUCUCGUCCUCAGCCAGUGCACUUACGUUAUCAUGGAUGAAGCCGACAGGAUGAUUGACAUGGGUUUUGAAGAACCUGUAAACAAGAUCCUCGAUGCUCUACCCGUCAACAACGAGAAGCCAGAUGACGAUUCUGCCGAAGAUCCUAAUGCGAUGAGAAAGGGAAUGUACCGCCAAACCAUGAUGUACACAGCUACCAUGCCGCCAGCCGUUGAAAGAAUCGCGAAGAAAUAUACACGUCGCCCUGCCAUCGUUACAGUAGGUAACCAGGGCGAGGCUACUGACACCGUUGAGCAGCGCGUCGAGUUCGUCCAGGGAGAAGAGAAGCGGAAGAAGCGUCUCCAAGAGAUUUUGACAUCUGGCGAGUUCUCCGCACCCAUCAUUGUGUUUGUCAAUAUCAAACGGAACUGCGAUGCCAUCGCCCGCGAGAUCAAACACAUGGGCUUCUCAUCCGCGACGAUUCACGGUGGAAAAACCCAAGAACAGCGUGAGGCUGCUCUUGCAUCCCUCAAAAGUGGGCAAACUAGCGUGCUUGUUGCCACAGAUCUGCUUGGUCGUGGUAUUGAUAUUCAAGGCGUUCAGUUAGUGGUGAACUUCAACAUGCCGGGUAACAUUGAAAGCUAUACGCAUCGCAUUGGUCGUACUGGUCGUUUGGGCGCGGACUCGGAUAAACCGGGUGUUGCCAUUACGUUCUGGGGCAAUGAAGAUGCGGAUGUGCUCUAUGACCUCAAGCAGAUUCUCAUGAAGAGUGGGCUCAGUUAUACGGGCGACUCUCUACCCCUUAAGAUCAUUAUCGCGUUUCUCCUUGGGCUUUCGCUUUACAACGCUAUCGAACUUAUCGUUCUCGCAUUCGUCACUUUCCAGCGCUACCAUGGGCUGUAUUUCUGGUCGCUGGUCAUCAGCGCUUUCGGCAUCAUACCAUACGCUCUAGGCUUCAUCAUUAAGUUCUUCCGAGUGCUGGAUCCUUCAAGAGAUGCUGGAUAUGUCGCCGUCGUCCUACUUACAUUUGGGUGGUACCCUAUGAUCACCGGGCAAUCGGUCGUCCUAUGGUCGCGUCUCCAUCUUGUCACGAAUUCGCGCCGAGUCCUUCGCUGGACCCUCUACAUGAUCAUCGUCAAUGGCAUACUACUGCAUUCAAUCACGACCGUCUUGACUUUCGGCUCGAACUCGAACUCGCUCUCCGAUUCCACGCUCCGUCGCUUCGUUCGCGGAUACUCGAUAAUGGAAAAAAUACAGAUGGUUGGCUUCUUCGUGCAAGAAACUAUCUUGUCGAUAGUAUACAUUAAAGAGACGAUACGAUUGCUGAAACUCUCAGAACAAGUUCAAGACGACGUGCGAAGUUUCGAUGACAGCGUUGGCAUGGGGCACCUCAGGAAUACCAACGUUCGGAAGACAAUGUACCAGCUUCUUGCCAUCAACGUACUGAUCAUCGCCAUGGAUAUUGCCCUACUCAGCGUCGAAUUCGCCAACCUAUACCUCAUCGAAACCACCCUUAAAGGCGUCGUAUACUCGAUCAAACUCAAACUCGAAUUCGCCGUCCUAGGCAAACUCGUUCAACUGGUGCGCGUUCGAGCGGAAAGCGAUCAGAGCAUGAACAACAACAACUACGCGCGCGGUAACAGCUUCGAACGCCGAAACACCCUGACGCUGGAAAAGACCCCGAGUGGCAGUGGCACCGCGAGCGUAGGCGUAUCAGCGAGACUCAACAGCAGCCUGCUCACGCACGACUUUGGCAGCCAGCAAUACCCCGACUUUGUGGAUUCCAGACGCAUUAGUCCGAAUGUUACGCACGCGGAGCCGGUGAAUGAGGAGACUGGAUGGGAAACCCGAGGGCAGCAGGAAGAUCAAGAGAAGUGGAGGAGGCGAGCCAGAGUAAAACGUGGGAGCUGGAUCGAUGAAGAGAUGGAUAAACAUAAUAUUGGGUGA